UAAGAAAAGCAGCUACUCAUUACCUUAAAAAAAUAUUUACAACAAUACAAAAAAAAUUGGGUAUCCCCAAAAACUCCUCAUUUCUUCACAAAAGGCAAAGAAGAAAAAGCUAAAGGAAAAUGGGGCCUCAAAAGAACAGCUAAUAGAGCAAUAUUCUGACUUCGUCAGCCCACCUUUGCCUUUUCUCGAAAUACCCUUUCGCUUUUCUAUUAAUUAUUCCCAUUAAAUAAACUAAAGAUUUUGAUUCCCUCUCUCUCAUUUCUUUGAAUAUUUCUUUAUUCAAUAUUGAUGAACAAAUUUGUAUAUUUCAACAUGCACACACACUUUUUACUACUAUAACUAAACUCAAUGUGACUAAAAUAAAUAAAUAAAAUGUACGAGUUUGAAGCGCAAGAAAUCGAAGACGCCACGGACGGCUUCUCGCCGUCGCGGCUGAUCGGAAAAGGCAGCCACGGCAGCGUAUACAGCGGCGUCCUCAAAGACGGCCGCGUCGUCGCCGUGAAGAAGCAAUCCCUCGCCCUCGAGAACCUCCGCGACGACACCAAGCUCCGAAACGAGGCCCUCAUCCUCUCCUCCAUCCCUCCAAAUCCAUGCACCGUCGCCUUCGUCGGCGCCGCCGCCGGCAACGUCAUCGUCACCGACUACAUGCCCAACGGCACGCUCCACCACCUCCUCCACCUCUCCGACGCGCCGCCGCCGUGGCCGACGCGCCUCCGGAUCGCGCUCCAGCUCGCCUCCGCCCUCCGCCGCCUGCACGACUCCAACCCUAGCAUCGUCCACCGCGACGUGAAAUCGGCCAACAUCUUGUUUGACGGCGACUGGAACGCCAGGCUGGCCGACUUCGGAUUGGCCGCCCGAUUGUGCGACGGCGAUGACGUGGCGUCGAAGCUGCCCGCGGGCACGCUGGGGUACAUAGACCCCGGGUAUACCGCCCCGGGAAUGCUGACCGUCAAAAUCGACGUGUUCAGCUACGGGGUGGUAUUGUUGGAGCUCGUGGCCGCUCGACGAGUCAUCGACGUGACCCGGUCCCCGGCCUCGCUCGUGGAGUGGGCCGUCCCACUGAUCGAGCGGGGCCGGGGGCUGGAGAUUUGCGACAAAAGGAUCCGCAUGCCUCUAUACACGAGACGUGCGAUCACGAAGUUGCUGGGGGUGGCGGCGCGUUGCCUGGCCCCCAGGGAAAGUGAUCGCCCGUCGAUGAGAGAGGUUGUGUCGAAUUUGGAGAUGACUCCGAUGAAUCGGUAUUCGUGGACGAUGGAUUGCGUUAGAGAAAUGAUUGGAUCGAUGAUGAGACGAAAAAAAGCUAGGUUUAGUGGGAAAUGUGUGGCGAUAGUGACUAAUGAGGCGUGUGCGGAUAAUGGUGGUGGUGGUGGUGAUAGUUUUUCGAAAGGGAGAUUGCUAGUUAGGGAAAUCUUGGCUGAUAUUACAUUGAAAUGACAACUUGGCUAGUUUAAUUUCCUAUUUCACUUGUGUUUGUGUUUUUUGUUUUUGUUUUUAACGAUUAGAUGAAUUCAUAUUAUUAAAUCAUGUUCAGUGCUA